AUACAUAUGCAUAUUCUACACAUUCGGAAGACUUGAUUUACAUGUCAACCUACGCACUGUCAGUCAGGAUGAUUGCAAUAAUUAAUCCCUAACAUAUGAUAUAAUAUGGAUAUUCGUGUUCCAUGUAGUCCUCUUCAAACUUGUUCGUAACAAUCAUCGUUAGUUGCUUUAUACAUAAUCAAUUGGAAUCGAAGGUCUUGAUACAUGUACGAUGCCAAAGUAUCAUAGCCCAUGUGACUUUUUAAAGGUGGAGUUGUGCAAAUUUCUGCAGUUUGGUAUAUUACAUGAUAGUUUUGAUUUUUUUCCGUGCCCAUUCUUAAGGAACACCAUCUGAAGUGUGAUAAGGGCUUGUCACCAAGGCCCUUUAACAAUGUUUAUUCCGUUGUUCUUUGCUGAUUCAUGAUGGACAUGUAUAGCAGCCGAUCUCCCAUCUUCCUACUCGGCCUGGGACUCCUCCUGGUGCGACUCUUACACGGAGCAUUUGGAAUAACGGUGAAAAAUAGCCUUAGUAAUUCACAUCCACGCCUUGGCGGAACGAUAACGAUGAAAUGUUCCAUUGCGGAUGGAAUCGCCAUAAGUGUUACAUGGUACAAGGACAGACUUCACAAAACAAGUGUGUAUUUGACGCAUAAUUGUGAAGUUGUCGCAGAAGGGUAUAAAUCAAGAUUAAAAAACGUUCGGUGUAGAACGGAUGAGGAGUAUUUUCAAUUGAGUAACGUUCAAAUUUCGGACGGCGGGGAUUGGCAGUGUGAGGCCAAUGGGGUACCAGCCACAGCUAAUCUGAAAUUAUAUGUUUUAGUUCCACACAACGUUCAAGUAAAAGUCAACAAGACGACUGUUAAUGAACAUGAAUUUGUGCGUUUUGAGUGCGACACCAGUGGGGGAAACCCAGAGCUCGUUACUAGGUACCAGUGGCUCUGGAUGAAGAAUGGCUCCAUCGAGAAACAAGUCAUUCAGGACUCCGACACUAACACGAAGAAUGGAAAGUUCGUGGAGUUCACGCGUAUCCCGUACGAUAAGAGUGGGACAUACACUUGUAAGGCUUGGAACGAUGUUGGAAUGGGACAGGCGUCGGCAAUCCUUAAUGUACAAUACUCUCCAAGGAUAGACCCAGAAGCCAAAAUGAAAUCUGAAGUGGCGGGCAAAAUUGGCCAGGAGGCAAUGUUUGAACUGUUCAUCAUCGCAAACCCAACUCCAGUCACAACUGGUUACACCUGGUCCAAGGAUGGCAAUGUCCUAUCGAGAACAUCACCAGAUUAUGAAAUAACUUCCUGGCCAACAUCAAGCAAGUUGAAAAUCAAUGAUGUCAAAUCCUCGGAUCAUACCAACUAUUCCUGUUCGGUGAAAACGAUUGGAUUCCAGGCCAAGGUUUUCAACUUUAAGCUUGUCAAAGCAGUGUCCUACACGAGUGAGUCGAGUAAUAUUGUGCAAGUAAAGACCACAGUGUCCUACACGAGUAACUCAAGUAAUUGUGUGUCAGUAAAGACCACAGAAGAAUCCCAAACCUCGAAAGGAGCGAACAAUAUAUAUAUCAUUGGCAUCGGUAUGAUCGCCGGAGGGGGCGUGGCGAUUCUGGUGGCCAUCGGCAUUGUCGUAAUCGCUAUUAAAAGCAAGGAGAAGUCCAGAGGCAAGAAAAAGAGUGAUAAUCAAGAAUUGCAAAACAAUGUGGUAACUGGCCCGUCAGUCCUGUUAGGACGUCAAGUCAAUCAUGGGAUGCGUCACUCCCCUCCACGUUCAGAAUGCGACCCUGAUAGAAAUCGCAAUGGUACAAAAUCAAAACUCCGAACGCCUGAUGUCGUGUCGGACACGCAGAAGGACGCCGAGAGUGCUCUCCAGAACGUGCCCGACGGCAAGAGCGGGAUUCCGAAAGGGGGUCGCCCGCCACUGCUGGCAUCCAGUACGUCACAGCCCGCAAGUCCUGUUGAGGAACAUCUAUACGAGGAUGUGAAAAGAAAGAGCCAGCCACAGCAAAACAGUGGCAGUGGAGGUGUGCCUAAGCAAAUUGGAGUGGACGGAACAGUGUACGCGAAGCUUUCGUUCCAACCUGCUAAUCCGAAAUACGAACUUCCAGUUAGGCGGACUGAACAGCCAUCACCAUACUCAACUGUUGAUUUCAACCGAAAGGCGCCGCCUUUGGAGGAGGAAGAAGAAGCUCUUGUGCAGUACAUUACUUAGUUUCACAAUUGGUCAAUGUGUGUCUUCAUGUCCUGGUACACACCAUGCAUACGACGUAAUCAUUGAAGAUUUCCUGUACAUGUGUAUCUGGGCAAUUGAAAUAGACUCGCAUUCAGCUGUACAUCGAGCCUAUAUGAACUCAAACAAUCAGGAAUGUAAUCCAGAUCUCGAUGCAACAUUUUUAUAAGUGAAUAGUUUUAUUUUCUGCAUGAAAUGCUCUAGUAACAAGUCUGUACUCCCUUGUUUCAAAUCUGUUGCUGCAUGUAAUUGGAUUUUGUAUGCUUGGAUGCACAGUGCUUAUAGAAUAUGCGCCGAUUAUAUAUUAGGUUAUAUAUUACGGCAAUGCUCAUUUAAAGGGACCACUUGGACGAGGGGUUAACCUGGCCAGGAGAGUAAUACGCCUUCUUGCCAUUAUGCGUCGCCAUUUGUAGCAGCAGACUGACUCUGAUCUCUAAAUAUGAUUUUCGUCUGUGUAGCAAGGCAUUUUUGAACAUGGCUUGUGGAUUUCAGGCAGGCCUUGGCUUACACCCUGUUCUAGUGCAUUGUUUACUGCAGUUCAAUGAAUUUCUAAUCAUCUCUGAACAGUCUGUUUCCUUUUUGUUUAUUUGAAUUUUAUGUACAUAAAUAUAUCACUCAGUGCUUUUAUAUAUUUGUUAAUAGGUUAUAUACAAGUAGAUCAUGUUAUAAUUAUACGAUCAUGUAACUAGACACAAGAAGUUUGCAUUAAAUUUGGCCGAAGCCAAAGGUUGGUAAAAUGAUUAGUUAGGUUGGAAAUUGAGAUCUGACUGACCAUUUGGGACAAUUUUUAGAAAAAGAUAAUUUCAGGAUUUAAGUUUGGAAUGAACUUGAAAAUGCAUUAGAAUCAAGUCAUAUUUUGGCAAAUAGAAUCAAGACAAUUUUAUGUGUUAUUUCAAAUUUAACUGGAUUGGUGAAGAUUAUAAGGAAACCAACUCAGAAAAUUCAGAUAUGGCGUUGGUCUCGUUUUGGAGUGACACUCUUCAAUAAACGCCAGCGCUCCACAUGACGCCAACAACUCUGGCUCGGCGACUCUUUCAGCAUAGAAAUCUCUUUAUUCACUUCUUAUAUAAAUGAACAAGCAUUAAUCUAAAUGAACAUUAAAAAAGGUAUAAUACUGUAAAAUGUGGGUAGUAUCGUGGGUGGUUUCAUGGUUUUGGAAUGUUCCAAGGUUAGAACCAACCGUGAGAUACUUUUUUUAUACUCCUGCUAUACCUCGUAUACAAAAAUUUGAAAGUAUAACACAAUUGGUGCCAGCUGGAUGUCGACGUGCCGAUUGUUCAAUGCUUCGGUCAAAUCUAGUGUAGUGACUUUCUGUUAAUUUUAUUCAAGAUGUUAAGGCCUCGUUUAUUUAGGGUUUUGUUCAUGUUCGUUACAAUUGUAUGAAUAUUGUACCUUGUGAUAUUGGCAAAGUAAUGGACAUUUUUGUGUUGCACGAACAUUAAUCGAUGCAAACUAAAUAGAACUAGAACUGGCAAAGCCAGAUCGACGGUUUUCGUUUGGGGAAACUGGUAUUGGCACCUGGAGGUCACAUGAUGUAACAUGUCAGAGGAGAAUGGAGAGAUUGAUGUUCACACCAGAACCCAGUGGGCUAUUGCUCAAUAAAUUUGGCUUUCGGAGCUCAGUGCGACACAGACCAGUAUGUUUUGUGCGCCUUCUUAUUUCUGCAUCCUCCAUGAUGAAACCAAUCCCAUUUCAAUCGGAUGUAGCAUAUAGGAGAAAAAGCGAUCUACGUAGUGUUGUAAACACGUGCGUUUUGUCUGCAUGUCAAAAUAUGAAAUGUCAUUUAAAGGGGCACUGUAUUCAAUCGCGAAUCGGUUUCAGCACGACCGCCGUAGAGGGAGGUGCCCAUCGGUAAAACGAUGGAACUACAGGAAACGUAUCUAAAAUACCCAGCAAUGCAGUUUGUUCAGUGAUGUAUUGCCGUCAAAGCUUCCACACAGCUUCUUCAAACAUUCUAAUGGGAUAUUAUGCUUUCCUGAAGAAAGUUUAAUAGACUUAAUAGAGGUAACAAUGGCAAUUUAGAUAACGUGUUUCUUAGUUUCAUUCCUAGCCGAUAGGCGCCUCCCUCUAUGGUGGUCGUGCUGAAACCGAUUCGCGAUUGAAUGCAGUGCCCCUUUAAACCGUCAUUUUGUUGUGCUUGAGGUCAAUUAACAGGAUUUCGAAUGAGCAGAGUGAAUUCUGACUGUGCUAAGAGUAAAAAGUUGGCCAAAGAACAAUUGGGAUGAUGCGUCUAAUGUAUUACGUCUAAAAAGGCAACUGUCACAUACCCACAGUAUUUAUGUAUAAUUAUCUCAUGAAUAAAACCAUGAAUCUCUUGAUGCUUU